AUGACCCAACUCAACACUGACGACUCCAAAACUACCUCAUACUCGGUCUCCAUCGAGUCUACUGAAUUCAAUAAGCCGGAGAAGGACGAACAUGAAAGUAUUAGCCCCAAGGCACCAUGCCCAACACACGGUCCAAGCCAGUCUGCGCUUUUCGAUCGUGAGUUGCAAAAACCACAAGCACAGGAAAUUAUUCGUGCUUUGACAAAGGCGUUGAAUGAUAUCAAUGAUACUGAGCAGUGCACCAAGUGUGCAGUGCAGAAUGCCUCAACUCUUCUUACCACCCAUGUGCGCGAGAUCAAGAUUGCAAAGCGGAAUGGCGAGUGGACCAAGGAAGAACGAAAGGCGCUCAAGGCAGAGGUCAAGGGAGUGUUCAAGCCUGUGAAGAAGGCCGUCAAAGCCCUGUGGAAGGAGCAAUGA